CGUGACAUGAAGUAACUUUGUUAUGGAGGGGGAAUGACGGAGUGUGGCAAGGAAUGUAUAGAGGCUCGGCAGGGAGUGCUACACCUUUUCUCUGUACGAACACACCUGAAGAGCAAAAGCCGUCCUCAGAAGGUGUGUUUGUGUCCAUUCCUGCCCGUACAUCCGCUAAAGGUCUCCACCUGCUUGUAUAUAAUCCAGCAUCCAGCAGAGGAAAGUCGAGUGUUAAGGACAGUGCCUUUGCUAGCAGCUUGUCUCCCUCCAGACAAAUGUAAAAUUUUGGUUGGUCGACGUUUUAGUGAAGACAGGUAUCCUGAAUUAGCAACUGUGUGCAGGAAUCCCAAUACUCUAAUUUUAUAUCCUGGAGCUGAAGCAACCAAUUUGGAAGAAGUUGCAGUGAUGUCUCCUAGUUCAUCUAUUAUGAUCAUCAUUGAUGGAACAUGGAGCCAGGCUAAAGAUAUAUUUUACAAAAAUUCUCUCUUCCGUCUUCCCAAGCAGGUGCAGUUAAAAACAAAUCAUUCAAGUCAAUAUGUAAUUCGUACACAGCCAACAAACACCUGUCUGUCUACACUUGAAUGUGCAGCUAUUGCUCUUACUAUCAUGGAAAAGAAUAAGAGCAUACAAGAGACUAUACUCCAUCCACUUCAAGCUUUAUGCUCUUUCCAGCUUCAGCAUGGUGCCCAGAUCCAUCACAGCAAGGAACAUCUUCUCAAAAAUGGCUUAUAUGACAAGCCAAUGCCAAAGAAUAAACGCAAACUCAGAAGAAUGGAGCUUUUGGUGAAUAAUGUUAAAAUAUAAGAAAACUGUACUGACUGUGCAGUGGAAUUUAUUUGCAGCUCACAAAUGAAUAGGACUCUGGAUUUUAUCCAAAUGGUUGACUGUACUAUAAUAAAACAACUUUUAGACCUUCAUAGGAAAGAGUUUAUCUACCAACAUGACAAACAGUAAUGGACAAGCUUUUUCAUUUUUGCAGUAGGCCAGGUGCCUUUUUUCAGAUGAUGGAAGAUCAUUCUCACUUCCUGGAAAGAAGAGAAAGAAAACUCUGAACAUAAUUUAGAGUUACGCUAUCACUUGAGUGUCAAAUACGAUCCUCAAAAUGACUGGAUAAAUUUAUUUUCGGGAGGCUUUUAUCAGUACAAAAAGACAAGAAAUAUGAAUAUGAAUGUGAUGGGACAGUAAGGCUUCAGCAUUUAGAAUUAUAUUGAAUUUCUGCUGAGCUUUUUAGCUUCAGUAUCUAAUUACAGUAGGCUUUCAAACUGUAAUUCCUUAUAUUACUUGUUUCAGAUGAACAUAAGGCAUGGUAUUUGGAUAGUUCUUUUUAACUUUGAGAUUUUUAUUUCUUAUAUUGUUAGAACUCCUUUUUGUAAAUUUACAUAUAUUUUACAAUGCAGUCAGGUUUUGUUUCUCUCAGACUUAAUUUUUAAAUUAAGCCUGCAGAUGUUUUUACCAGAAACUGAACAACUCCUACUUAAAAAAAAAAAAAAAAAAA